AUGGACGCUUCGCCAGAAAUUCGGGAGGAGUCGGCAGGGAUGGGGCAUGUUCCCCGUCGCACCAGCUCAAUCAUUUCUAGAACCGCGUCUUCUUCCUUCCUCAAGAGGAGACGAAGGCUCAGCGAUCGAGUACUCUAUUAUAUGAGCAGAGAGCGCUCCAUGACUGGCCUAGCACGCCAUGUUCGCAAGCUCAAGAGCCGUUUUCUAGUGCUCAAGGUCCUGGCCUCAGUCGUCGCCCUCCUGGGCAUAGUCUUCGCUGUUGCCUCCAUAGAACUUUGCACUAUCAUCCAGAAUGAUGCUUGUGAAGCAAAAGCUCACGAAGAAAUCUUCAUCAAGAGCACUGGAACAGUCCUAGCGGUCGCUCUGUCAAUUUUGGUCUGCAUGUGCAAUCAAUGUCGAUACCGAAUCUUAAAGCACAGCGAAACAUUCAACGCCCUUAACGACAACCGAGCCAUCGAUGAUAGCAGGUUAGAGUCAUACAGGAGAUAUCUCCACGUUAGCACGGCCAUUGAAGUCAUUCUUUCCAUGAUACAUCCCAUCCCAGGAUUUUCGAAAUAUGUCAGAGUAGAAACCAUGGGUCACAUUGAGACGCACAGUAUUGACGAGAUCCUUACGAUCAUCAUGAUUGUAAAAUUGUACCACUUCUGUAACCUCGCCAUGGCUUAUGUGCAGAAGAGAAUUAUAGACGACACAGCCUUCUCGACAGGUGAUCUCAAAGCCAUGAAGCUCUCCAUGAAGAAUUCUUUCUCCUUUACAUUUCGUAUUGCAAUGAGACAUCAUGCGAUCGAACUCAUUACGGUGGUUCUGGUUUUUGUGAUCUUUGUCUCGUCGUAUGCGCUCCGCAUUGCAGAAGGAAGAUGGACCAACGGCGCGUCUCAGUAUUAUUGGACAAAUCUCUGGAUGAGCCUCUCAACGUUGUCUACAACGGGAUACGGGAUAUUUGCUACAUCUCACUUGAUCUCCGCCAUCAUCAAAGCUUUUGAACCUUCAAAAUGGGAGGAUCAGUUGAUUGAGCAAUUACUCUGCCUCAAGGCAAAGGGACGUGUCGUCUUGAUAUGCGCCAGAAUCUUUCAAAACAAGUUCAGAUUCGCCAAAGGAAGAAUCUCGAGGAUAUUCUUCGAUUACAACAGAAAGCAGCUCCGAGUGCAGCUUGCAAGUGCGUUGCUCGAGAUGAAGGAAUACAAGCUGGAGGCAAGAGCUCGAGAUGGGCAAAGCAACGGGCCGCGCGUCGAACAUUUCAAGUCGGUGGUUGAAAUGGCCCAUCGUGCUUUGCCUGCGGUUGAUUCGCAUCCAAACGCAAGCGAGGAUGGCAAUGUGGAGGACAUUGAAGUGAAGGAUCAGGGAGCUUUCGCUGCUUCGCUACGACUCUCCGAGGCUCUCAAACGUCUCGAAACUUCACUUUCUUCAGUUCCUACUACCACCAGCGCCUUGUUUUCCAGAGCAACAGUCACUGUUGGUAGCCCACGAAAGUCUAAACGCGCAACCGUGAGGAAAGCAAAGAUGUCUCCAAGACUCCCGGUUUCAUCGCAAGAUUCAGUCUCGGCUGAGCUGGGGUAUGUCUACGAAGGAAGCUCCUUUGUUCCGAGCCAUUCGCUGCACCUUUGA